UAGAAAUCCAUCUCAAGCGCAGACCAAACCUCAUCGUACUACUACUCACCAGCCUGCUCAGCCCAGCCAGAAAAAGCCAACAUGCCUCCUCCAUACACCACCCACACCACCACCGCCGACCUCCUCACCGACUACGCUCCUCUCAUCAAGGAUAAAGUCAUUCUCACCACGGGCGUCUCCCCCAAUUCGUUGGGCGGCUUCUUUGUCGAACAGCUCGCCAAAGCCCGGCCCGCCUGCCUCAUUCUCGCAGCCCGCAACGCCGACCGACUCGCCCAAACCGCCUCCGCCCUGCAGGCCAGCCACCCGAACACCCCGAUUCGCACCCUGCAGGUUGACCUGGGCUCCCUCCAGAGCGUCCGCGACGCCGCAGCCCAGGUCAACAGCUGGGACGAUUUGCCCGCCAUCGAUGUCCUGGUCAACAACGCCGGCAUAAUGGCCGUGUCGGAGUACAGCCUAUCCCCGGACGGGUGGGAGGCGCAAUGGGCGACGAACCAUCUGGGCCCCUUCUUGUUCACCAACCUGCUCAUGCCGAAGAUUGUGGCCUCGGCGAGUCCCCGGGUAGUCGUGGUGAGUAGUGAUGGUCAUCGGUUGUGUCCGGUGCGGUUUGACGAUUACAAUUUCGACAAAGGGAAGACCUAUGAUCGCUGGCGUGCCUAUGGGCAGAGUAAAACGGCCAACAUGCUGUUCGCGAUCUCUCUGGCUACGAAGCUGGGGAUGAAGUAUAAGCUGCAGGCUUAUAGCUUGCAUCCGGGUGUUAUCUUCACCAAUUUGGGUAGAGAUGUGGAUUGGAAUGUGGGGAGGAAAGAGCUUCAAACUGUCGACCGAUCUCUGGGUAAUCGGGAAGGUUGGGCGGAGUUUAAUCUGAAGGAUCUUGCGAGAGGGGCUGCAACUCAUAUGUAUGCGGCCUUUGAUCCGAAUCUAAAAGCUACCAAUGGAGCCUACCUGAUUGAUUGCCAUGUAGCCGACCCUUUGGUUGAUACCGUCAAGCCAUGGGCCACCAGUAGCUUCGAAGCGGAGAGGCUCUGGAGACUGAGUGAGAAGUUGGUCGGCCAAGAAUUCCCGUACUGAGGGUGAGUCCGGACGUGAGCGAUAUGACAUGAGCGUGGUUCGAAUGAAUAAAUGCAAUUGCUACCUAAUGU